GAGAAAUUAAGAUGAAAUUGACUUUGUUUACAUUACAAAGAAAGAAGACAAAUGGUUUAAGACAUGGUUUGCAAAAGUCUCCUGAUCUUAACAUCAUUGAAAAAUUUUCAAGAAACGUGAAUGAUCUCAAAGGAGAAGUGGACAAAAUUCGAUAG